CUCAAUAUUUGUGUCAUAAAAAAAUUUAUACAAAAAAACUUAUACUAAAAUAUAAUUCAUAAUUAACUGAAUAUAUAAAAUUCACCUACAAUUCAAACUCAUGGAUACCUCAGCCAAAGCAACGGUGCACUUAUCCAUACCGGUGCUGAUCAUCAGGUUCUUCGUACUGCUCUACACAUACCUAACACUCCCCGUGUAUUACGCUAUACAAAAGCCGUGGCGAGUGGUGGCCGGCGCUCGCCGUAUACGAGCCCUACAGGAGGACCCGCAAGACCCGUACUCAUCGUGGGCACGGGUGGGCCAACUGCCCGACCACUACCUCGACGAGUGUCGGACACUGCCGGAGGCUCAGCGCCGGUCCCUCAAAGAGAAUGGACCGGAGAGUCCGUGUUUGGGCUAUAGGCGUAUAUCAGGGGAAGAGGAUGACAGACAACCCGACGGCAAAGUGAUUAAGAAGUGGGAGUUAAGUGACUACCAGUGGCUGACGGCCGGGGAGGCGGACACACGUAUCAGUGACAUAGCCAGAGGUCUGCUCAUGAAUGGCGUGAAACCCAAGGAUACCGUUUUGAUAUUUUCGGAGACCAGACUCGAGUGGUUGCUGAGCGCACAGGCUAUAGCCCGGAUCGGCGCCACCAUCACAACAAUAUACGCAACACUGGGAACCGAUGGUCUGAUCCAUGGUAUCAACGAAGUGGAUGUGACUCACAUGAUCACCACAGAAGACCUGUUGCCAAAGUUAGCUAAAAUCCAUGAGCACACACCACGUGUCCAGACAAUCAUCUAUAUUGCAUUGGAUUACAAACACAAUCCCAAAGUGGAGUUCCCAUCGGGUGUCGAGUUAGUGACAUUCAAACAGUUGGAAAUGGACGGUGCGAUGGCCCCCAAGAAGUUGGUUGGGGUUGAGCCCACCGAGGAUGAUGUGGCGCUCAUUAUGUAUACUUCAGGAUCGACAGGUGUGCCCAAAGGUGUAGUGGUGACCCACAAGCAAAUAAUGGCCACAUUCCGCUCCAUACGAACUCUGGUGCACUGGGAGUUCGCCAACCCGGCCGCACACACCUACCUGGCAUACCUGCCCCUCUCACACACCCUUGAGUUCUGCGCCGAGACAUACCUAUUCUCGUGCGGCGUUAAGAUAGGUUACGGCACGCCAUACACGCUGACCAACGCGGGCACUGCCCUAAAACCGGGCACCAAAGGGGACAUUACUCUGUUGAGGCCUACAUUCAUGGCUAGCGUUCCCCUUAUUCUGGACCGCAUUCGCCGGGAUAUUGAGCUGAAUGUCUCAAAAAAGGGUCAAUUCUUUAAGCGAUUCUUCGAUUAUGUCAUCCAAUAUAAGAUGGAUUGGCAGCGGAAGGGCUAUCGGACGCCCAUUAUUGAUAGGUUGGUCUGCAAUAGUAUUCGCUCGCAAAUAGGGGGCAAAUUGAGGGUUAUGAUGGUGGGCGGCGCCCCUCUCAACCCAGACACUCACCAGUUCCUCAGGGCCUGCCUUAACAUCAAGUUGUGUCAGCUUAUCUACCACUAUACUUAA